ACUGGACACAUUAGAGAUGCUGAAUAUAACUUUCUAGUUUCCAAAAUAAAGCAAUUUAAUUUUCAUAGUCAAAUAAUGUGGUCACACAUGUAUGCUGAAAACCAAAUGACACAAGUUACAUAAUAUUCAACACACACGGACUUUUAUUCCUGACUCCAGGAUAGCCUAAGCUUUCGUGUUCUGAUAAUUGUUGCUAAAUUGUUGGUUCUGUUGUGAGAUGGUUGCAUGAAAAAGUUGUGGAAAGUAACUACAUACAAAAGUAUUGUACUUGUAUGGUAUGAUUUACUUAUGUAUUUACUUUACUUGAGUAUUUCUACCCUAUGGUUUACUACUACACAACAUUUGUGAGGGAAAUAUUGUAUCUUUAAUUCCACUUCAUUUAUUUGACAGCUUCAGAUAUUAGAUACUUAAUAAUAUACUUAAUAAAACUAGCCAACAGCAUGUAAAGUCCUUCAAAUUAGUUCAAACUGUUACAACUUUAAAAUAAAUAGCUAUAUAACACAUAUCAAACUCAGUAUAACUCAGUGGACAUGUUGUGAUUUGGAUAUUUUAAAUACAUUUUCCUGUACUUGUUAUUUAGUAUUUCCUCCUCCGAAGUCCUCUCCUCUUAAGGCUACUGAGGCACAUUCAUCAGAGUGGGGAAAGUAUGUUUAAUCACUGAUGAAAUACAGAUGGUGUCUCCACGGAGUGCACGCCUGUUGCGUGCACACAGGAGCGCAUGCAUGUUUGCAUAUAAAAAGCAUCUGUUCAAUGAUUUUCUGAACAUUUCAAGCCAAGAGCUGAAAGCAGAAACACACUAUCUGAACAGCAAACACAGGAUUAUGUUGGACUUAACUCAGCUGUGGAAUUUAUCCCACCAGUCCACGGCCUUCAAGGAAACCUGCUCUCUCAAACUUAAUAGUUUCUCUGUCUUUGCUGGUUUCCAUCUUCAGUGAUGGCUGAAUGGAGUUGGGUGGCCUACACAGCCUUAGAAGUGCUGAUUGCUGUGGCCUGUUGCCUAGGCAAUGUGUUGGUUGUGUGUGCGGUGUGUAUUGGUAUACGGGAUUCCCUUCGGGAGCCAACCUUCUGCUUCCUCGUUUCCCUAGCGGUGGCUGACUUUCUAGUGGGUGUGGCCGCUGUGCCCUUGGCUGUACUACUGGAUGGCUGGGUGAGUGUGACCCCUGACAUGUGCCUACUUCUCAGCUGUGUCGUGCUUGUGCUGACUCAGGCCUCUGUGCUGUCACUGCUAGCUAUAGCUGUGGACAGAUACCUCCGGUUACACACUCCACUCAGAUACAAAGCCCUGGCCACACAGAAGCGUUCAUGGAUGGCUGUGUCUGUUUGCUGGAUACUUUCCUGUCUACUGGGGUUCACGCCUCUGUUUGGCUGGCGUAACUACUCCUCUUUAGCAUCUGAUUCCACCAAUACAUCUUCUCCUUCCUUAACCUCUCCACCCUGCACCUUCCUCUCAGUUAUCUCCCUCCCCUUCAUGGUCUACUUUAACUUCCUGGGAUGUGUCAUGGCACCCCUACUGGUCAUGACCUUCCUCUACAUUCGAAUCUUCUGGAGCCUGCAGGGCCGUCUGAAAGAGAGCUGUCCUCAAGCCCAAGCCUCUCUGCUCAGGGAGAAGAGGCUGGCUUUCUCCCUGGCUUUGGUUCUCAUUUUGUUUGCUGGCUGCUGGAUUCCUCUGCACCUCAUGAACUGUCUGCUGCUGUUCUGUGGUCCUGAAGCUGUGACACAGGGGACACUAUAUACAGGGAUUCUCCUGUCACAUGCCAACUCAGCAGUCAACCCUGUGGUCUAUGCUUAUCGCAUCCCAAAGAUCCAGCAGGCCUACGGUCAAAUAUGGAGGCACUUCCUCGUGAACAUAAACUGCCGCCAUGGAGACAAGCAAGUUCGUCGACAAAGAACAGGCAGCCAAGUCAAUCACACAGAGACAUGUGGAUUAGGAGGGAAGACCACACCCUAAAGGAUCAUUGGGUCAUCUUAAUUCCAAUAUGUCUGAUGUCUGAAUUAAUGGAUUUUUAGUCAAUCAUGCAAUAACAUCUGACUAUCACUGUGUUCAACAGUCAUUAACAGUCACACUUUAUUACAGAUAAUCAACUGAGUAAAUACAGGCAGGCAGUGGAUGUUUGUGUGAAAUCCCAACCUGCAGUGUUCGGUUUGAAGUCUGCCAACUUUAUUUAAGUCAAAGCUAUCUCAUGAGUCUCCACUAGAG